CUCUAGCCGGCUUUGCGAAUAUAGCGAGAACUGAAUAAUCGGGCCAGUGUGGCAUACAUAACGUUUAACGGUGGUCAGCGUCUGGUUAUUGAAAUACUGGAGCUUCCACUUGACCCAAGCAAACAAAGGAGACAAAUAUGUAUUUUAUUGGGGGCGUUCUAAGACCCCUGGGACUGGGAUUGCUGCUUCUGGCACUGACAGCACCAAUCUCAGGAAUUGGAUUUCGACGCGGAAGACUGUCCAAGGGGUUCCUUGGGGAGCCCAGUAAGAUACCAACACUCCAGAGAUCCCUGGAAUCCGAGGAUCUCUGGUUCGAGCAGAAAUUAGAUCACUUCAAGACGAGUGAUACGAGAACCUGGCAGCAACGGUACUUUGUGAACGCAGACUACUACCGAAAUGAUAGCUCCGCUCCCGUAUUCCUGAUGAUUGGCGGCGAAGGAGAGGCUUCCGCCAAGUGGAUGCGAGAAGGAGCCUGGGUCCAUUAUGCCGAACACUUUGGAGCCCUCUGCCUGCAACUGGAGCAUCGGUUUUAUGGAAAGAGCCAUCCCACUGAGGAUCUGUCCACCGAAAAUCUUUAUUAUCUGAGCUCCGAGCAGGCUCUGGAGGAUUUGGCCAGCUUUGUGACCGCCAUGAAGGUGCAGUUCAAUAUGGCCGAUGGCCAGAAAUGGAUCGCCUUCGGUGGCUCCUAUCCGGGAUCACUGGCUGCCUGGGCCAGAGAGAAGUUUCCCCAGCUUAUCUACGGAUCCAUCAGUUCUAGUGGGCCCCUAUUGGCCAUGGUAGACUUUAAGGAGUACUUCGAGGUAGUCAAAAACUCGCUCGCCUCCUACAAACCCGAGUGCGUGAAGGCUGUGACCCGCAGCUUUGCCCAGGUCGAGAUCCUUCUCAAGCACAUGAUUGGGCAACGCAGCCUGGAUGAGAAGUUUAAGACCUGCACCCCUAUCAAGGAUUCCAUUGAAAACGCCUUGGACAUUGCAAAUUUCUUUGAGAAUCUGGCUGGAAACUUUGCGGGAGUGGUUCAAUACAACAAGGAUAACAGUCCUCACGCCACCAUAACUAUUGACGAAAUCUGUGAUGUGAUGCUAAACACCACUGCGGGAGCUCCUGUGAACCGUUUGUCACUUGUGAAUGACAUGCUUUUAAACGAAUCAAACACCACCUGCCUGGACUACAAAUACGAGAAGAUGGUAGCGGAUAUGAAAAACGUGUCGUGGGAUUCGGAAUCGGCCAAAGGAAUGAGGCAGUGGACGUAUCAAACGUGUCACGAGUUUGGCUUCUAUCAAACCUCGGCAAACCCGGCAGACACCUUUGGUGGUCGGUUUGGAGUGGAUUUCUUUAUUCGCCAGUGCAUGGAUGUGUUCUCUAAAAACAUGGACGCAAAGUUCUUAGAUCUGGUUGUAUCCGGCACCAAUGAGAAUUAUGGGGCGCUUAAACCAAACACUACAAAUGUGCUGUAUGUGCACGGUUCUAUUGAUCCCUGGCAUGCUCUGGGAUUGGUAAAGACUUCAAAUCGAGCCCUUCCUACGAUUUACAUAGAAGGAACUGCUCAUUGCGCCAAUAUGUACGAGCCGGUGAAAACCGAUCCGCCCCAACUGGUGAUUGCUCGUAAUAAGAUCCUCAAAUUCUUGGCUAAACUGCUGGAAGGCUACACCUCAACACCAAUCUGAAAAGUCAGCCGGAACUUUCGAUUCGUCAGCGAUUUGUUUUAUUUUUUUGCUUUCGCAUGAGUUGUAUAAUAUAAAUUUGUACUCCGCUGGGAGUUAAUCCUU